GUCGAGUCUGCACCUCGUCACUGCAACAGUGCAGCAGCUCUUGGCUUACACUACAAGCUUGGUACGAGAUGAAAGAGUUGUAUUCUUUGAGGACGAUGUUCUUGAGGCUCUAGAACGCGACAUGCAGCUAUCUAUGGCUCAAAUGAGAAGAUGUCGAAACGACUCCCCAACUCUCCCCAUUAGUCGACUCCCUCCGGAACUACUCCGCAUGAUUUUCGGGUAUCUCCGAGACCCUCCUUCUCCCCACCGUUGGAGGAACUCGACGCGCGCCCGGUUCGCGUCCUACAAACCUCUCAUCGCGGCCAUGCUAGUUUGCUACAAGUGGCACUCUAUCGCUUCUCAGACUGCUUCCUUGUGGACGGACAUCGACGUCGUACGCCAAGGCUGUUUUGCUUCUGUCUUGUUGAGCCGAUCUUCGGCUGCCCCUUUUCGUUUACGCGGACGCUUCACCGAGUCAACUUCUGACCAGAACAACUCGCUCGAGGACAUCAUUUCAAUCCAGCGUUCCCGUCUCCUCCAAUUGGAUCUUUGGGGGUCCUCCGAAGCUGAAGUUGCGUCUCCGACCCGCAUGCACAACCUGCUAGCGAUGGACAUGCCUCUGCUCCACAUACUCUCCCUGUCAUGCGAGCCGGUGGACGACGUUGCGCUUCCCUCAACAGCUUUUGGAGCUUCCGGGAAGUUCCCCAAUCUGAAAGCGAUGCUCCUGGAGAACUUUCUGUGGGUCCCUUCAUGUGGCCUGCCGAAGCUUACGCAUCUACACCUCGCUCAAGUGGACUCUUUCACGACUCGGGACGUGCGCGAUCUCCUCAGAAGUACUCCAGCCCUCGAAGUAUUGGACAUCACGCUGUCAUCAGGACUCACUGUCGCACCAGGUUCUACGGCCCCGGCAUCACCCGUCGCCCUUCCUU